AUGGAGUCGCCGGAGGCCGCAGAGAGGGUCGUCGCGGAGGAGUAUGAGAUCCAGGUCCAGGCCGAGGGCGGCGUCGUCAGGAAGCCGCUGCUGCUGCUGCAGGUCGAGGACUACUUCCAGCAGAAGAAGGCAGAGGUCAGAAAGUACCGCGCCAGUAAGGGAAGGGGGAGGGGGGAAAAGAGGAAGAUGCCAGACGAAGAGACGAAUGGCGUGAAGAAGGAAGAGGAUGUUGAGAAGAAGGAGGACAAGGAGGAGCGCGAGAUCACCCCGAAUUUGAUUCUCAAGUUUGAGGGCUUCGGGCCGGAUGUGUCGAGGGAGGAUAUCCGCGAGGCCCUUGAGGCGCACGGCGAGAUUGCAUGGGUCGAUUUCCAGCGGGGGGAUUCAGAGGGGCAUAUCAGGUUUGCUAGGCCGGGUGCCGCGAAGGCCGCGAUGGAGGCCAUAGCGGAGGCUAAGACGGAGUUUGGGGGGAAGGUCCCGGUGUUUGAGGUGCUGACAGGGGAGGUCGAGAAGAUGUAUUGGAAGCACAUGUGGGAGAAGAAGGACGCGCUGAUUGAACAGGCGAGGAAGAGGAGGAGGGAGGGUGGAGGGAGACCGGAGAGGGGGAAUGGCAGGCGCUUCCGGGGAGGUGGCAGGGGGAGAGGUGGCGGGAGAGGUGGCGGGAGAGGUGGCGGGAGAGGUGGCGGGAGGGGACGCAGAUAGCGCGGCGCUUGUGUUGUGCUUCCAGGGCAGUAUCUAUUGUCGUUUCUUAGGCGGGUUGUGCAAGCGGACCUCACAUCGUUCUGGUGUUAUCCGUGUCGUGUUAUUUUAACAAGAGUUUGCUCGCUGCUCGCAGAUGGCACGUGACGGUGUAUCCCCCAGUUACUGGGUGUCCACAGUUACUGAGUAUCCACAGGCCCUCGCAUUGCUUUUCGUCGUAGAUAAGGUGUUUGUGGUCCGCUUCCUUGGCGAGAGUUCGAUGUGCCCAGUAUGUGGAACACUCAGUCGUGGAACUGUAUCAAAACAGUGAAUGUUGUUUUUCAGAAAAGCAUAUCCUGCUUUUUCGACAGUAAUG